AUGCCCGAGAUAAGCGAGUUCAACUUCUGCUUCUUGCGCAACGGCGAGGACGUGGUUUCUUGUGGUUGUAAGAGAUUAUCCAAUCAGGUUCGAGUAGGUGUUACGCCUGACCCCAGGAGAGGAUCAGGAGUGGGGACAGAAAUCGAGCUGGAAGACAUAAUCAACGAUGAGAAAGUUGUUCCAUGUCUCGUCGGAAGCAUUGCCUUCUUCGAAGGAGGGCCU